CGAUUUUGACGUAGAGAAGCCGAAGCUAAGCCCCGCCCUGCUUCCCUGGCUCCUCCUGCUUUUGGGGGCGUGGCUACCCGGCUGGCUCCCUCUCCUGAGACUUUGCCGAGGCGCCAUUUUGAAAAGCGUUUUGUUUGUGGGCUGAACCCGAGAGAGACGAAAGGAGGAAGAAGAGAGGCGGCUUUCUUCUCCCACCCCUUUCGGCGGCGCCGUCGCGACGUUGUUCCUGUCAGCCGUUUGGCAAAGCGUCGAGCCGGUAUUUCUAAUAGAUGGAAGAAGGAGCUGAAGACCUAAUGGAUCAGCCUGAAUCUGCUCCAGAAAACAUACAAGUGACUGAAACAAAAAAAAGAGGCCUAAGAGGUCGGGGAAGAGGCCGAGGUGGCAGAGGCUAUACUAGAGGGAAAAUGCGAGGCAGAUCACUGAAUGGCUUUGGGCCUAUAAGACGUGGAAUGGGAAGAAUGCGCCCCUAUUCAGAUGCAAGAGGUCGAAGAGGAGUACGAGGUGGACCUCUCUUCUCGCCAUCUCUGCCUAGGAGAGGAAUGAUGAGAGUGCCUUUUCUGCCACCCCCACCAUGUUUUGAGCUUCCUCCCCCACCUCCACCUCCCCCACCACCUGGACCAAUGGGCUUCAGAGGGAGACCUCCUCUCCCCAGAGGCAGAGGGAUGCCGCCAUGGCCACGAGGCCGUUUCCCACCUCCAAGCAGCUUUCCCAGGGGACCCGGUGCACCAGUCCUUCCGCCACCUGGGCGGGGCCAGAGAUGGCCUGGGCCGCCAGGUGGCAGAUACUAUUAAAGAGGCUUAUUCUUUAAAUUCAGUAACUGGGAUGCAUCCUUUUUACCUUCAGACCAUUUGAAAUGGCUGGACUAAGAAUUGCCUAUAAUGCAUUAAAGAAGGCAAAGAAAACUAAUAGAGUGCUUGAUAUCCCAUAUUUUUCCAGCAGCCCUUAUGCACCAAGUUGGUAAAAGCCAUAUAUUUUUAAAAAAUAUCCUAAAGACCUGUGACUCCUUGGACACUUUCAAGCAUAUCCUUUUGAAGUCUGUUGUUUGUGGACAUGGGCAUCUGCACACUAAAAGUUAAAAGAAACGUAUCUUAAGAGUAGGUCAAGCUUUUAACUUAAUAUUCAAUUAAGUUGUGUGCAGCUCUUUUUUUGGAAAUACAUCUUGAUCUGUUUCAGUAACAUGUAUUUGUUUGUUCUAAAUCUUGUGAACUCUGGUUUCAAAUGCACUUACAUGUAGUAACAAUAAUAGGAUGCUUCUUAUUUCAAAGGGGCAAUUAUUCUGUAUCAUGUGGGGAAAUUUAAGCAAUGCACAAAAUGUAAUGCAUAAAACAAACUGUGGAUGUUAAUUUACGAAAAAGAGAAAAAUUAUAAAUGAACAGAAGUUUAUGGACUUUGUUUAAAUUUUUAAUUACUGUUUCUGUUACUCAGCUUGACCCUGGUCCUUAAAUUACUAGCAUGUAAUAACUAAGUGUAGUACAUGGCUAAACAUUUGACCUAUUGUAUAAUUACAACUGGUGAUGUUAUCAAAAACAUAAAAUGAAAGGCUAUAUUAAAAUCCGCAGUGUGCAUAUUGUUUUAAAUGACAGAUUUCUGUACAUUACAUAAUCACUUUAUAUUUGAUUUUGUUGUGCACUAGAAAAACUUAACAAAAAUGGAACAUGUAAAUAUUCUUUUGCUUGUUAAAAUGACAGAUAAAAAUGUAAAAUUCUGAAACAGUGCUGUUUAAUGUCAAGGAUGAUCACAGUCAGUAAAUUUACAUUCAUUAAUACAGUCUGUGUUCUUCUGUGCUGAGGGCUGAAUAGAAACUUUUUUUACCAGUCUGGUGCAGUUUGGGACUUUUUAACUUAAGCAGUUCCUACACUGGGUCCAAAGUCUACAAGCAAAGUAAAAAAAAAAAAUGAAGAAAAGCAAUAAAUUGAGGUAUGAAAGCCUUUAUAGAUGUCUAUAUUCUACUCUUAAUACAUUGCUUCCAGUUAAUUGGUAUCUGAACAAAAUGUAUUAACCUUAGCUUUGAUAAAACAAAACCCCGACUUAGAUUGAUAUUUGAACAGAACCUCAACAUUCCCAAUAAAUCACGAAAGCUAAUAUUUAGCCUUCAUAUCUUAUUCUUUAAAAGUGAAAAAAUUCAGCUGUGUAUAACAUAUUAGAAAAUACUUUAUGCUAUUCAUUUGGUUAAAUUAUUAUACUGGAACAAUACUUUGUUUUGGCUUUGUGUUGGUUCAUUAUGUUGGUUUAAAAACACAGUAUUGACUGCAACUUUUAAAAAAGUAAUCUAAUGUUGCCAAAUGGUGAAAGAAUGAUGCUGUUGUUAUCUUCUGAAGGGUAACAUAGUCACCCUUUGAUGCCAGUGGGAGAUGGCAUGCAGACCUUUGGGAGAGCUUUCAUCAAGGCCUUGAGGUGAGACAGUAUUUAAACAUUUUCCACACUCACUUUCUUUUUCUUUGAGUGAAGUGCACAUUCAUCUGAGUUUGAUUCAUGUCUGAAGUGGGGCACAUGGACAACACACAUAGCCUCGUUUCUGUUUCACUCAGAACAUUAGCAGCCAAUAUACAGAGUUACCUCCUAGUGGAACCCAGUCAUACAAAAGGGAUUCAUCAGGUUCAGUUGGAGCUGCCGAGCACAUGGUGGUGGGUCAGCCAGGUGUGUGUCCAAUGAAGCUGGGUUUUAUGCAGAUCUUUACCGAAAAAGUUACUGUCAGAAAUUACUAAGCAGUACACAAAUUCUGCUACUUGGAAUUUGAACAUAUAAAACCAUGUUUACACUGAAUUGGAACAUUAUCUAGUCCAGGCAUCCCCAAACUUCGGCCCUCCAGAUGUUUUGGACUACAAUUCCCAUCAUCCCUGACCACUGGUCCUCUUAACUAGGGAUCAUGGGAGUUGUAGGCCAAAACAUCUGGAGGGCCGCAGUUUGGGGAUGCCUGAUCUAGUCCAUGGGUGGGGAAUGAUCUAGCUACCAGGCUAUAUCCUUAUCUCUGCAACACACAGACACAUAAUAAAUUCACUUUGUGAGGUGGGUGGAGUUGGCCAUCUUUCAGUCACCUGACAUCAUGAUGUCAGAUGACCUGUUUUUGCCUGUGUGGUUCAAGUGCCAUGCUUAUUAUUGGGGCUUGCAAAAGGUUGGCUGUGCACUGGGCUUGGCAGGCGCUUGCAAACCCACUUUUGCCACAGAUGCGUCUUUACCUAACCCACACUUGAGAUUGCAUAUAGGGCAAGUUGUGUGGCUUAGCACAAAGGGUGUCAUGGGUUUCCUGCUGAUCCAGCCUAGUAAUUAAUGUCUGUUCUUAUUGACCAUGGGACUCCUAAGAUUUUCCCCAGCCUUGUUUUCUGAGAUAGCUGUAACUUGGUGCUUCCAGAUAUUGAAGCUGGCCUUCUGCUUGCAAAUACCACUGAGUAUGGCCCAUCUUGUUAAAGGAACCACAUGCCCUUGAUUCCCCCUUAAACUGAACUAGUAUUUGCUGCUAUCCAUUCAAUGUGUUUGAAAACACAAGGAGAAAAGGAUUAGUAUGUUCAAUCUUCUAUAUUAUUCUAUACCAACUGAUGACAAAGAGUAAUGAGCAAGCAAAGCAAAGCUGCUUUGGCAACAGUCAGUAAAUCAGUACUAGCCUGUACAUUUAGUAGCAGGAAUAUAUUGCUGAAUCUGUUCAUAUGGAGAGAAAAUGAACCCAAGCAUAAGAGAGAACGUAAACACUUUUAGUGCUCUAGUACGGUAAUUCACCUAUAUGAUGGGCAGAGCAAUCCAAAAUGAUAAGGUAGCAUGGUAUGGCAUAUUUACCACUACAUCCCAAGGCCUGCUAGCUCAUGCCAACCAGGGUAGGUGGUGUGGGUUUUCUCUGUCGGUACACCAGUUCAGGCUGGCAUAGCUGAGGGAUGGAAGGGGAAUGGAACAGCUUUGAUGCUGUUACAUAGUCAGCUUGGCUUUGCCCUCUGGGGCACCCCAUUUCAGAGGUGGUGUACCUCUGCUGUCUCUUAAUCCUAUUCAGCACUAAAGAUCUGGGGCUUGGAAUUCCUCUUUUCUUUUUCCUUUCUUUUACUAUAUGCUGCAUGAGAUUACCGUUCAGAAUUUUUAAAAACAGUAGCAGGCUUACUUAACACGUAUUUCUGAUUUUUAAUGUUCAUGGAGAAGCAAUCAGUUUUGAAGCUUGCAAUCGCACAAAUGUUUGUAUAGACUGAGAAUUAAUUGUCCUUUCUAGUGUAUUAAAGUUGCUGCAGCCAUCUGAAUUGUGUAUAAGCAUACUACUCUGCAGGAAGAUUUCAAGUCUAUUGUUAAGGUAACACUUGCUUUCCUUAUCGCCCUCUUUUAAAAAUAAUGAUGACGAUGAAGCUUUGACAAUGAAGCUGUUUUUCUGACCUUUCUUCAAUAUUUCUGUGGGGAACAUACAUUGCAGAUGUGAACUUAAGUUAACAGCCUGCAAAGCAGUGUGUAUCGGUUUUCAUAGAGUGCAGCUAUUUUAACUUUUCAGGAAGAUUAGGUUGAGGUUCCCUGCUCCUUUUGAUAAAAUUCCACUUGCACUGAAUUGCAACUGAGUGCAGAAAGAGCUAGUGUCUAGUGCCUGUAUAAAUAAACUGUAAUAAUGCUCUGGUGCAAAGUGAAAUGAUGGAAACAUGGUCCUAAUAUGAGCAACACAUGCCUUCAUCAUUGGCCAAGCAAGUUCAACCUGCUUGGCUCUACUUCCUACUUCCAAUGGGAAUUGUUGUCUGGUACAUGAUGGUCAAAGGCUGACACUAGUAAAGACAAAGCAAGGAUGAGGGCAAAAUACACUGCUUGAAUAAUCUUAGUAUCAUUUGUUGAACCCAGACUUACCUGGGAGUAAGGCCAAUUGACAACAUUUCGAUGUUUGAACACACAGUUUAAUAAUCACCCCCCCAUUUGUUGUCUCACUUUUCAAAAAAAAUAUCAGCCUGAAUAGGCAUGUAUAAGAUUAUUCACUUACUCAUUACUAAAUUAAGCAAACUAACACUAAUCUUACACUUGUUUAUGCAGAGGUUUAUUCAUAUAGGAUUGCAGACUUAGUCCAGCUCCAAUUCCAUGGUAUUUAUGUUUCUGAUACUUGAAUUGUAUUGUGAGAACCUUUUGUAAGAUGCUCUGAGAGUCUAGAAAGGCAGUGUAUUGUUACUUUAGCCACAAUCUGGAUGUUUUAAGAACCAUAAGCAGAGCAUGAAUGUGGUAGGUUGCCCCAGGGACCUAGUGUUCAGAGAUACUGUUUCUGUUACCAGGAAGAAUAGUCAUUGAUAGAUCUCUCACCUUUGGUAUAUUUGCACUGAUCCUAUUAAUUUCAAUUGGGUCUCUGCAGAGGAAAUUCCUGUUGAAUUAUUCCUUGUCAGUAACUCUGUAAGUACAUUUAACUCAUUUUCCCCCAUAGGGACCAUUUCACAGACCUUGAGAGAAACAUGGUAGAUAAAUCUUUCACAGUAGCCUGAUCUUGAUUCAAGCUUGAGCCAAGGGAUGUGUGUAAUAUAUUAGGAAUGUUUUGUCUGUUGCAAUAAAUUACAUCCCAAGAUCAACUCAUUUUAAAGAUGAAAAUGUACUUUGUGGUCAAUGAAUGAGAAACUAAUAAAGUAUCUAAGCACUUUGAUUGUUGUGUGAUGGAAGUAUUUACAAGGUGUAUACAGUACAAAAACACUACUCUUCUGUGUAGCAUCCUUGGGAGGAAGGAACUGGCUCAUAUGAAUAUAUACAUUAUUUACUGCAUGCUUUCUUCCAUGCUGCAACUCACAGUAGUGGAUAUGAAGUUCCCUGUCUGACCUGAGAUUAUUCUGUAGACACAUUCAUCCAAUUAAUCUUAGUUGUAUUUGAAUAAAAUCCAGCAUCUAUUCCUACCACACUAUUCCUACCUUUAAAUGAACAACUGCUACUCAAGAGAACAUUAUGCUCUUGUCUAUGGCCCGAUUCAUCUUCUCUUGCACUCAAGCUGCUUAUGGUUUGCUUAGGUCCAAUGGAGCUCCUAUUAAAGUGGCACAAGAUACAUAGCUGGCUUAUUUUGCCCUUGCCCUAUUAUUGCUGCCGAGAAGAUAUGUAGCAGUUUUAACUUUCUGGCUAAAGUCAUCAACAUGGGGUAGAGUAACAGUAACCCCACCAUUAACUAAACAUGACUGUUAAUUCAGUCUCCCUGCUGUAGUUUCUGGAGAGCCAAACCACAUGGGGAGCUCUCAAUAGAAAUAGCUACUUAGCUAGACACUCACUGCCUUUACAGCAGUAGGAUCAUGUACUGACCAAUCCCUUUAUUAGGCAUCUUUUUGUGCUCUGGCAGAGUAGAAACCUUUUUCCCUUUGUAUUUUCUGUAUCCUAGCUACCUUGAGUCUAGUUGCUAAGAGACAGCCUAUACCUAGGAAAGUGUUGGCUAUUUGUGAUUUUCUUAGUUACAGGUAGGUAGCCGUGUUGGUCUGAGUCGAAGCAAAAUAAAAAAAUUCCUUCAGUAGCACCUUAAAGACCAACUAAGUUUAUAUUUUGGUAUGAGCUUUCGUGUGCAUGCACACUUCUUCAGAUACACUAGAAACAGAAGUGUCAGACCCUAUAUAUA